AUGCCAACUCUAUUCCUUUUUAACUUCGUGAUCGAUGAAAUAAUGAGACGAACGCUGGAGGGUAUCCAAAGCCCUGAUGUCCAAAUAGCCUGUGAAGAAAACCUUGUCGAUCUGGAGUGCGCAGACGACAUCAUUCUUAUCUUCGAAGAAGAGAAGGCGCAGGUGUUUUUGGAUGAACUGACCAAAGUCAUCCCCUCCUUUGGUAUGCGCUUUGCGCCCACGAAGUGUAAAAUCAUGCUCGUGGACGUGCAGUCCCUGAACGCGUCACUUACAAUCCAGGGAGAGAAUUUGCGAUUUCCACAGUUGCUCACGACUCGCGGUGCUCAAAACGUCGUUCGAAAUGUUCGACUUCCCUGUUUUCUACGCACGGAGACAAAUAAACCAACUGACAAAACAACCACUCCUCCAGAAUCAGGCUCUUCGAAGCCGAACUUCAAACGCAUCGAGUUUGAAUUCUCUUUCGGUCCAGGCAAGUCAGCGAAUCCUGGCGGUGUGGGCAAUGGCCCGUUGAUUAUCCUCGGAGUCGCUUGCAUCACUUACAUCCUGGCAACUUCUGUUCCACGAUAUAAAAGGAUCACAUGGAAGGAGUUCGUGGACACUUUCCUGCAGCAAGGACUGGUUGACCAUUUGGAGGUUGUCAACAAGUCAUGGGUUCAAGUCUAUCUAAAACCCGGCGUGGAACCCACCGUGCAUCUACCCUCUGGUUCUCGCGAUUUGGCUACGCCACAAAGCACCCAGCCCGCAACCUAUUGGUUUGAGAUAGGCGCGGUGGACACGUUCGAACGGGGUUUACGCGAGUUAGAGUCACAUAUGGGCGUCGAUCCAAUGCAUCGGAUAAAUGUCAUCUAUUCGACAAGGGUGCAAGCUUCGGAGGUUUUCCAUUUUGGAGUUACUGCGGUCAUCCUAGGCCUCGUCCUCUACUCGUUACGAAGCAGCUUCGGGGGUAUGGUCCGUAAGGGUGGAAUGGGAUCUGGCCUGUUUAACUUCGCACAGUCACCUGUUCGCCUCAUAGAGCGGGACAAAAUUGGCGUGCGGUUCGCAGAUGUGGCCGGAUGCGAGGAGGCCAAGUUGGAGAUAAUCGAGUUCGUCAAUUUUUUGAAGAAUCCUCAAAAGUACGAAGCUUUGGGAGCCAAAAUUCCUCGUGGAGCAGUGUUGAAGGGUCCACCAGGCACGGGAAAAACUAUGUUGGCCAAAGCAACGGCCGGUGAGGCCAAUGUACCAUUCCUGUCCAUAUCCGGCAGCGAGUUUCUAGAGAUGUUUGUCGGUGUCGGCCCCAAACGCGUUCGUGACAUGUUCUCUACCGCACGAUCCAAGGCCCCGUGCAUCCUCUUCAUUGACGAGAUUGAUGCCAUCGGUGGCAAGCGGUCCGGUAGCAGUUUCGGACAUCAGGAAAGAGAGAACACACUGAAUCAGUUGUUGGUGGAAAUGGACGGAUUCACCACUCAAGAGAAUGUUGUCGUUUUGGCAGCCACAAACCGGAUCGAUAUACUCGAUCCGGCUCUCCUUCGGCCCGGGCGCUUCGAUCGUCAAAUCUACGUAUCGCUGCCAGAUAUCAAAGGUCGUGCGUCCAUUUUCAAAGUUCACUUGAAACCAUUAAAACUGGCUGAGGAUCCUCAGACUGUGGCCCGCCGAAUGGCUGCCCGUACACCUGGUUUCUCUGGUGCUGACAUAGCGAGCGUGUGCAACGAGGCGGCACUAAUUGCGGCGCGCGAAGAUGCGCAGAGCAUUACUCUGGUGCACUUCGACAAGGCAAUUGAUCGUGUCGUAGCCGGCUUGGAGAAGAAGAGUCAGGUGUUACAACCCGAAGAAAAAAGGACAGUAGCCUAUCACGAAGCCGGACAUGCCACUGUCGGCUGGUUCCUGGAGCAUUGCAAUCCGCUCCUCAAAGUUUCCAUCAUACCGCGGGGCAAAGCGUUAGGCUAUGCACAGUAUCAACCCAGAGAUAUCUACCUUCACACCCAAGAGCAAAUGUUAGAUGAAAUGUGUCUCGCCCUGGGAGGUCGAGCAAGUGAAGAGGUAUUUUUCGAAAAGGUUGGCAGCGGUGCGGUUGAUGACUUACAGCGUGUCACUCGGUCCGCCUACGCUCAGGUUGUCCAACUGGGUUUCAGUCCCAAGGUUGGACUACUCAGCUUCGAUCUACCGCAACAGGGUGAUAUGGUUCUGACCAAACCCUAUUCGGAACACACGGCUCAGUUGAUUGAUGAUGAAGUACGGCAAAUCGUUCAAAAAGCGUAUGAGCGAACUUUGGGCAUUAUACGAGAGAAGCGUUCACUUGUGGAAAAGAGUUUGCUUUCGGUGUUCCCUAAACAUGAAGUGGACUCUCGCAUGUUUUCCAUUGUCCCACCUCCCUUUCUUCCUCCGAAGCUGGCACUCCGCCUUUUGGACAAAGAGCAAUUGCAAAAGGAAGAUCUGGUCGAAGUUCUUGGUCCUAGACCGUUUGCUGAGAAGAGUACGUAUGAGGAGAUUGUUGGCCCCGUGAUUGACACGAUACUGAACGCGAUUCCUGAAUUCCAGUUCGAUCCGAUCUCAUGCAUUACUUUUGAUUCUUGGUUCAACAAGCAUGAAGACUUUUUCAGAUUGGAUCUGGGAAGCACAGAAGAUUCUUGGAGAGCAAGACAGUUGGUCAGGAAAAUCGGAGUGGCCGAACAUGAACGCUUUACGAACAAUAUUUUGCUACGAAAACCAAGUGACCUGAAUUUCGAUGAAACCGUUGCUGUUUUAUCGUUAAUCGUCGGGAAACAGGAUUCCUUGUUCAGCCGUCGAUUUCACUGUAUGAAUUUGAGCAAGAAUGCUUCUGAAGACUGGGUUACGUACGCAAGCAAAGUCGACAAGGGGUGUGAACGACUCAAACUCCGAAACAUGACAGAGGAUGAGUUCAAAUGUCUUAUAUUUAUGUGCGGGUUGACGUCUCCUGAAGACGCAGACAUAAGGACAAGAAUCCUCAGCAAGAUUGAGCAGAACCCAGACGUCACAUUACAGAAUAUUACGUCGCAAUGCCGGCGCCUGGUGAAUUUGAAACGUGAUACUGUCAUGAUAGAGGAAAAUGGCCCCAGCAAUGUUGUUCAUGCGAUUCAGAAGCAUACUGUCCGUCAGAGUGACAAGAAAGUACCUUCGGCAUGCUGGAAAUGUGUGCGUAUUAACAGCACACCUGUUCGUCUUCAGCUGGACACGGCAUCAAACAUCAUGGUCAACUCAAAAAGAGCUUGGAAAUUUCUUGGCAGCCCAGCAUUAACCAGGACCAAACAAGUUGCACGCACCACAUCCGGCAGUUUGCUGAAACUCGCUGGUGAAUUCAAGUGUUCCAUGACUCUUGAUGGUAUCGCUGCUUCCUUGUUCAGCCGUCGAUUUCACUGUAUGAAUUUGAGCAAGAAUGCUUCUGAAGACUGGGUUACGUACGCAAGCAAAGUCGACAAGGGGUGUGAACGACUCAACCUCCGAAACAUGACAGAGGAUGAGUUCAAAUGUUUUAUAUUUGUGUGCGGGUUGACGUCUUUUGAAGACGCAGACAUAAGGACAAGAAUCCUCAGCAAGAUUGAGCAGAACCCAGACGUCACACUACAGAAUAUUACGUCGCAAUGCCGGCGCCUGGUGAAUUUGAAACGUGAUACUGUCAUGAUAGAGGAAAAUGGCCCCAGCAAUGUUGUUCAUGCGAUUCAGAAGCAUACUGUCCGUCAGAGUGACAAGAAAGUACCUUCGGCAUGCUGGAAAUGUGGUGAGUGGUAUUUCGUUUAUUUUUGUCUGUUUAGAAGACACCGCUGCAGCAAAUGUCCCCAUAUUGGACAUAAAGAAGAUCGGUGUGACGGCGAAAAAAGGCAAGCAACCAAGAGGCAUUUUCGAACCAGAACUUUUCAUUCCAAGCUUUCCAAGGCUCGCGUUGUUCUGGCCGCUUAUCAACGCCCACACGUAAACAGGAGGAAAUACGUAUCAGUGCGUAUUAACAGCACACCUGUUCGUCUUCAGCUGGACACGGCAUCAAACAUCAUGGUCAACUCAAAAAGAGCUUGGAAAUUUCUUGGCAGCCCAGCAUUAACCAGGACCAAACAAGUUGCACGCACCACAUCCGGCAGUUUGCUGAAACUCAUUGGUGAAUUCAAGUGUUCCAUGACUCUUGACGGUAUCACUGUAAGUGGCAUUUGUCAUGUGUCCGAUCGUCCCCGAUUGGAUUUGUUAGGAUUAGAUUGGAUUGACAAGCUAAACCUUUCGGACAGGCCACUGAAUACUAUCUGUUACAAGACACAGGCGACGAAACCAAACAUAUUCAAAAAGCACCCUGACUCGUUUUGGAAGAAGGACUCAGAAGGUCGCAGUCUAUGCACUAAGUCCUUGUCAAACCACCCUCAAUCAAAUGAACAAGCCAGAAAAUUUAUGCGUUCCUUUAAACCAGCGCUGUUGAAAUCUCUAGGGGAGGGACCAACGGACGAUGUCAUUCGUGUUUUCCUUACCAACUACCGGACGACACCAAACCCAAGUGCGCCUAAUGGGAAGUCUCCCUCCAAACUUAUGUUUGGGAGGAAAGUGAAGACAUUGUUUGAUGCAUUGCGCCCCCGAAACACCAGAGAGAUCGGCGAUGAAAACCAACCGGGAUACUCCAACGGCAAAUGUCGCCCUGGACGUAUUUUUAGCCGUGGAGACUCCGUCCUUGUCAGAGACUAUUCAGCGAAUUGCUGGAUUCCGGGGAUUAUAUUGCGACGAAGAGGGAACGUCGUCUAUGAGGUAGAUAUUGGCGGAACAGUGUGGAUUAGGCAUGCUAAUCAGAAUUCGACAUUGCAUACGACCUGGUACCAUACAAGAAAGAAAAACGAAUCUACCGUUGGACAUCCUCCUUGA